AUGCAUAGUGAGAGUAGGAACCACUACCCAAUCACUGCAGCUGACCUUGUGACGAAACUCAAGGCGAUCACUUGUGCUACUUUCGGAUAUACGGUUGUUGGGAAAGGGACGACUUCGCGGCUCUUGGGGGAGGUGUCGCGCGAAGCAGAGGUAUUUCUCGGUGCUGUCGAUUUGGCCCACAUCUACUUUCUUCACGGCGCGGGACAAAUCCGUCAUAUACUACUGAUGGGCUGGGGUGGUAUAAGCAUGAGCCAUAUAACUCUCGACAGGACCAUCCAGCGUGUGAUUUCUCAGUCAGUGAAGGAGAUCCAUGCUUUAGGUAUUUAUCAUCAGGAUCUUCGUCUGGAAAACAAUUCAUAG